AUGUAAACAGAAUGGAGUCUACCGAGGUUAAUUGUUCAGAGAAUUCAGCUGUUCAAGAAACUACAACAACUAUUACUACUACUACUUCUACUACUAUUGUAAAUAAGAUAUCUACUGAUAAGACUACUACAGAAGAUCAUUAUGAUAUUCCUAAUAAUCAAACUGAAGUAUUAACAAAGACAACUCAUUCAGAUACAUGUAAUAAUAAUGAUUUACAAUCAAGUGGUAAUACUUAUGAAACCACUGUCACAGAAUCAAAGGUAUCUGUUGAUGAAGUAGUAGAUUCACAGAACCAUAAUAUAACAAAUACUGGAAUAAUGAUAAUAAAAGAUGAAACAACGGAUCCUCAUAUUGAUACAUUCAAAAGUGAAGUGAUUCCAAUGAAUACUGAUGUUUCUACAGAAAAUACUAAUGAGAUUGAAAUGAAUACAGGUGAACAACCACAGCAAAAUAGUCUGGAAAAUAAUGAAGCCAUUAAAACAGAAGUUGAAUUAUCUUUAACAAAAAAUUCACCGGAUAUAUCAACCCGUAAUAAUUCAUCAAUAAAUCAAUCCACUGAAGAUUAUAUUACAACACAUGAGGAAUCAGUUGUAAAUAAUGAUAAAGAUGAUGAUAAAAAUAGUCCAAAGCAUCCACAUCGACCACCUCCACCAAAAUUAAGUCAGACUAAACAUACAUCAGGAUCACUUUCAUACAGUGGAGGAGAAAAUGAUGACUUAACAAGUAAAAAUGACAAUUCACAGAUAGAUAAUAAUAAUAACUAUGAAACUAAUCCGAAUACAUCUUUGAAACAACAUCAGAAUGACAAUGAUCUCGAUCAGCACAAACCUCAAUAUAAACGUCCAUCAAUCAAAUCAAAUAUUAAACAUGUAUUUACUAAUCUGAGAAAAAGUUUUAAACGUAAAGAUAAACCAUCAGUCAAACGUGUAGUUAGUGAUCAUGAUGAUGUUGAGAACAAGUAUACAUACACUAGUCAACAACCAAUGACAACACAUUCAUAUUACAAUAAUAGUAAUAAUAAUUAUAAUGAUCAUAGAAAUAAACAGUCAUAUUCUCCUUCAAGUUCAACUCCUAAUCAGUACUAUCGAAAUUCCAAUGAAAUACAAGAAAAUCAAUCACAACUAUCAAAUGAACAAUCGUUGAAUAUAUCCAUUACUGAUUCAUUACAACAAUUGAAAAGACCAGAAGAAGAUCUUGAUAUAGUAUAUUCUACUGAACUAAUUGCACCACCAGCAAUUCCAACAAAAAUGUCAUCUGAUCCAAAUAAUCCAAUUUAUGUAAAUCAUUCAAUUAAACCAAAUAGACCACCAAAUAUAGAUAGAAAAGAAAAUGAUGAACAUGAUAAGCAUGUUUAUGCAAACAGUCAAGAAUUACAAAAUGCACGAAAGGCAAAGGAGUUCGCAGCGUCAGCUAUAGUCGACAGUGUGGUAUCCAACUAUGAAACUCAUUGGAAAAAUGAAUUAAACAGUCGAAAUACAACUAUUCAUCCAGUGAACAUGAAUUAUCAACAAUAUUACACAGCAAAAAGUGAAAACUCAACACCUAAUCUAUCUAUUAGAUCACAAAGUUAUCCAACUUAUAAUCAUCAUGAACUGGAGAAGCAUUAUGUAACACCAAAUUUUCUUUCUGCCUAUCAUCAGGUAUCAUCACCAAAACCAACACGACCGAGUAAUCCACCACUAAUAUCCCCUAUGGAUCAUCAUCAAAGAUGUGACAAAUUAGAUGAAAAAAAUGAGAUAGGUAUCCGCCGAUUGGAUUUAGUGAAUUCAAUUAAUCCCGGUGGCAAAUUCACAGAUUAUGAUCAUGGACAUUUCGACGAUACUGUUAGAUAUUAUAACACAGAGCCAUUUUCAAUGCAAUUUCAACCACAUCAUUCGUAUACAAUGAAAUCAGAGAGAAGAAUUAUGUCACCUACUAGUUUGGAUAGAAGAUAUCCACAAGAAUAUGAUCAAUAUUAUUCAUCACCUGAAGCAAGACGAGUACAAACAAUGAGAUAUACAGAUUAUCCAACUAGACCACGUAUAUAUCAACCAACAUAUCAAUCAGCAACUUUAUCAUUUAAUGAAUAUGAUCAUCAUUAUAAUAAUGGUACAUUGAAACCGCGUAAACCAAAACCUAUUACAGAACGUUAUAAAUGUAGUGAAGUAUAUAAUUGGCCACCGAAAUUUCCAAAAUUAAAACGACGUAAAACUAAUCCACCUAAACAAAUUCAUACUGCACAAGAUCAUAUUGUUAUUAAACAACAAUUAAAAACAUCAGCUGAGAAUAAUCAUUCAUCUCCAAUUCACCAUACACAAUCAAAUACAGAACAAAUACAAUGUAUAAAGGUAAACAAUCAGUAUCAAUCACCGACUGGCAAAAGAGAAAUAAGUGUUUCACCAGAACCACAAGUAACUAGUCUUCAUUCAUUACAAAGAUCGACGCUGUUAGAAAAGUCUAAUCGUACAUCGGGCACAGAAACACGUGACCAAUUAUUUAUAGCAGAUUAUAAACUAGCACCAAACAAUCAGAUUGGAUCUACAAAAUCUGAUUCAUUAGCUUUACCAUAUUUUGCUAAAAUGACAGAAAAUAAACGAUUUUCAAAAUUCCAUUAUAACACUAAUGAUACUAGUAAUAUUAGUAAUAAUAAUAAUAUUGCUGUAUCUGCUGAAGUUAUGCAUUCAGAAUCACCAAAAUCAUCGACUACAUUAAAAGAUGUAUUAAAAACUAUACAUCCAUUAUUUCAAAAUUUACAAGAUAAGCAUACAAUUACGUCAUUAUCACCAUUAGAUAAUAAUGAAAGUCAUAACUCUAAACUACUGAUUGAUUGUCUAUCAGAAUAUCUAUUCACUUGUAUGAAAUUACGUUCAUUAGAUUUACAAGGUGAAUUUGCUACAUUUGUAUUUCCAUUAAAAAAUUUCAAUGAACAAGUUUGGAAUAAAUAUGGAAUCAUUGAUAAUUGGAAUGAGAUAUCUAUUGUUUGUGCACCGAAUACAAAUUAUGAAUAUGUUGUAUUGAAUACAGCCAAAGAAUCUGCACAAAAGAUCAGAUUUCCUACCAAAACAAUUGAUAAAUUAUUAACAAAUUGGUUAGAUAAUCAAACUACGAAAACACCUUCACCAGAAAAUCGUCAUUCAAUGGAAAAGAAGAAUAAUAUUGAGAAAACUUCUGAUAAUAAAUUACUUCAUUCAAUUAGUUUAGCUGUAACAUUGAAAACUUUAUUAAAUUUAUUUGAAAAACAUAAAGAAGAAUCAAAAGCAGAAGCAAAAAGUGAUGAACAACAUCAUCAUCAUGAACAACAACAGCAAUGUGUCGAUCUAUUUCUAACCUGUAUUAAACUUAAUGUUCUAUUAAGUUUAAGUGAAUGUUUAGAUAAAGAUAAAUCAAUUCAGCUUGAUUUAACACCAGAACAUAUUCUACUCAUCUUAACACCAUCUAAUUGUUUAACAAUCUUUAAACAAUAUGAAAAAGAUAAAUUACCUAUUACUGAUAGUAAUCAUAAUGAAGUUGUCUUGAAAGAGACUAAUCUACAAUCAUUAUUAAACGCAUUACAUAUUCAAUCUCAUUCAAUGAAUGAUAGUAUAAAUGAUGUAUUAAAACAAUUAUACGACGUUAUUCAACAUAAUUACCAAUCUAAAGAAAUGAUUAUCUCUUUAUUAAAAUCUAUUGCACCACCAGAUUGGAUAACAAUGUGUGUAGCUAGAAUAUGUUUAUAUAAUCAAACCAAUUCAUAG